AUGGAGUUUUCCUCCUAUGUAAAUCUAAACGAGCACACAUGCAGAGAUCGACCGUUCAAGUGUACGGAGUGUGGAAAAGCAUUUUUCUCGGGCGCAAAUCUCAAAAAUCACACCAAGACUCACAAUGCUUAUAAUAACAAAUCGUACCAAUGUUCGUUCUGCGAACGAAACUUCACCGCUAGCUGGACACUCAACAAGCACAUGAAAGUGCACACCGAUCAGCAACUGUACGGAUGUAAUUAUUGUGAGUGUUACUUUGCACAGCAAGAGGAAGCAGCUAAACAUGAAGCUCGGCACAAACCGAAGCGGCAGGGGCCGGCGUUAGAAGGACAGCUGCCCGUCGACGGCGGAAGCUCGAUCGCAGAAUGA